CGGACGAAGCGGGCUCGUCGCUCCGAACAGUCCGAAGCCGCGCCGAGUCGACACGCCACACGCCGACAGCACGCCGACAGUUGCAUGUGGAAUUUUGUGCCGUUCGCAAGUUAUAGUUUCGCUCCGGCCGGCUGACUGUCCUCGCACGGCGAGACGAGUAAAGCUCGGGAUGGAGAACCAACAGGUGUGGGUCCGUGACCCUCAGGAGGGUUUCAUCAUCGGGAAAUUCACGGACAUGGUGGACGGGGAUGCUUUGAUCAUGCCCCUCGAUCCGAAAUAUCCGCAACGCACCUGUCCACUGGACGAAGUAUAUCCUGCCGGCGAUUACACCAAAGAUGUCGAGGAUAAUUGUGCCUUGAUGUACCUGAAUGAGGCCACGCUGCUAAAUAAUAUUCGCACUCGUUAUUUCAAGGACAGAAUAUAUACUUACGUCGCCAACAUUCUGAUAGCUGUGAAUCCGUAUUACGAGGUGAAGGAUCUCUAUUCACCGCGGACUAUCAAAGGUUAUCAAGGAAAAUCUUUGGGUGAAACGCCACCGCACGUCUUCGCCAUCGGCGACAAAGCGUUUAGAGAUAUGAAAGUGCUGAAACAAUCUCAAAGCAUUAUCGUAUCCGGUGAAUCGGGAGCUGGCAAGACCGAGUCGACUAAGUAUCUCCUGCGGUAUCUCUGUGAUCUCUGGGGUUCGACGGCCGGUCCGAUUGAACAGAGGAUUCUUGAUGCAACUCCGGUUCUGGAAGCGUUCGGUAAUGCGAAGACGAAGCGCAACAAUAACAGCUCACGCUUCGGCAAGUUCAUGGAGGUGCAUUUCGAUGCCAAGUGUCAGGUGGUCGGCGGAUACAUCUCCCACUACUUGCUGGAGAAGUCCAGGGUGUGCCUGCAGAGCCCGGACGAGCGGAAUUAUCAUGUGUUCUACAUGAUGUGCGCUGGUGCGUCGGCUGAUUUGCGCGCAAAAUUGGGGAUUACCAAGCCGGAUGACUUUCAUUAUCUGAGGAAUGGCUGCACUCAGUAUUUCUGCAACGCGAGAUCGGAGAAACGAUUGAAUGAGGCGCAAAAGAGUCGCGAGCAAACACAAAAGGGUAGUCUCCACGAUCCUAUUUUGGAUGAUGUUGAAGGAUUUAAUGCUAUCGAUCAGGCAUUUACUCGACUCGGUUUAACGGAUGCGGAACGCAUGGAGAUCUACACGAUGGUGGCUGCAGUGCUACAUCUCGGCAACAUUAUGUUCGAGGAUAAUCCGGAGGAUACAAAAGGCGGUUGUAGGAUAACCGCCGACUCGGGAAAAGCGGUAACGAUAUCCGCAAAGUUACUGGGAGUUGAUCCCGAAGAGUUGCGACAAGCUCUUGUCUCGAAAGUAAUGCAAACCAAUCGGGGUGGUAUCAAAGGGACCGUCAUCAUGGUGCCCCUGAAGGUUUACGAAGCCCAUAAUGCUAGGGACGCUCUCGGCAAGGCUAUUUAUAGCAAAUUGUUUGAUCACAUUGUUGCGCGGAUUAACAAGAGCAUACCUUUCAAGGCUUCAAGUUACUAUAUUGGCGUACUGGACAUUGCAGGAUUUGAAUACUUCAAAGUCAAUAGCUUCGAACAGUUUUGCAUAAACUACUGCAACGAGAAACUUCAGCAGUUCUUCAACGAACGGAUCCUGAAAUAUGAGCAGGAGCUUUACGCCCGAGAGUCCUUGAACGUUCCAAAAAUCUCGUACGUCGAUAAUCAGGAUUGCAUCGAUUUAAUCGAAUCGAAGAAUACAGGUAUCUUCUUCCUGCUAGACGAGGAGUCGAAACUGCCAACUCACAGUUUCGCACAUUUCACCAACGAGGUUCACCGCGCGUGGAAUGGUCACUUCCGCAUCACUUUACCGCGAACGUCACGAUUGAAGGCUCAUCGAGAAUUACGAGAUGAUGAGGGCUUCGUGAUUCGCCAUUACGCCGGCGGUGUCUGCUAUCAAACGAAUCAGUUCAUUGAAAAAAACAACGAUGCACUGCACGCUUCCUUAGAAGGGCUUAUUCAGGAAAGUGGGAAUAAAUUCCUUAGGACGCAAUUCGCCAAUCAUUCGUUGCAAAAGGGAAAACUCACCUUUAUCAGUGUCGGCAGUAAAUUCAAGACGCAGCUCGGCGAACUGAUGGACAAGUUAAAAAGCAAUGGAACAAACUUUAUAAGAUGCAUCAAGCCGAAUAGCGAUAUGGUAGCGCAUCAAUUCGACGGUAACAGCAUUAUGAAUCAACUACGCUGUUCGGGAAUGACGUCGGUUCUGGAAUUGAUGGAGCACGGAUAUCCUAGCCGGGUCCCUUUUCACGAACUUUAUAAUAUGUACAAGUCUUACUUGCCGCCGGAGCUUGCCAAGCUCGAUCCCAGAUUCUUCUGCGAAGCUCUGCUGCACAGUCUAAAGCUGAAUCAGAAGGACUUCAAGUUCGGCAUCACCCGAGUCUUCUUCAAGCCAGGCAAGUUCGCAGAAUUUGAUCGGAUUAUGAAGUCCGAUCCGGAGAAUCUGCGCAAGCUAGUUGCUAAUGUGAAGAAGUGGCUACUGAAGUCGCGCUGGAACAAGCUGCAGUUCUGUGCGUUGUCGGUGAUCAAGCUGAAGAACAAGAUCAUCUAUCGGCAACAGCAUCUGAUUGUGUUGCAGAAAACGGCGAGGAUGUACAUCGCGAAGAAACAACACCGGCCACGUAUUCGCGGUAUUAUGAAAAUCAAGAAUCUACGGAAGCAGUUGACACGAAUGGAGGAGACCGCGAGUCAGUUGAAGAAUCGGGAGAAAUCGACGCAGGACAUGAAGAGGCUCGACGACGAUCUAGAGGCAGCUAUACGUAAAAUCAAAAACAAUCCAAGGAUUGCACCGACGGAGAUCGACGGUCUUUACACAUCUCUAGUAAAUCAGAUGAAUAAACAAAUGAUCGCUCUUCAAGACAUGGUGAAGCAGCAGAAAGUCGCUGAGGAACAAGCAAAGAAACGAAAGGAGGAGGAGGAACGCAGGAGGAGGGAGGAGGAAGAGAACAGGAGGAAAAAACUCGAUAUGGAAGCCAGAAGAAAGAUCGAAGAGGAGCAGAGGAGAAAACAAGAGGAGGAGGAUCAAAAGACCGCAGCUGCUCUUCAGGCUCAAUUGGAGAAAGAAGCCAUGGAGGAGAAUCGGUACCGAGAAUUACUGGAACAAGAAAGAAGAGACCACGAAUUGGCGGUCAGACUUGCUCAAGAAUCGAAUGGUCAAGUCGAGGAUUCACCACCGCCUAUACGAAGUGGCUCCGAUGUACGAACACCUAUGAACAACAACAGGCUAAUAAGAUCGGAGCAGGUUCGUAAUCAACAGGCGGCUAUGAGCAACAAGAAGUACGAUUUGUCGAAGUGGAAGUACUCUGAGUUGCGAGACGCAAUCAAUACGUCCUGCGACAUUGAGUUACUUGAAGCUUGUCGUCAUGAAUUUCAUCGCAGACUGAAAGUUUAUCACGCUUGGAAGGCGAGAAACCGCAGGAGAACCAUCAUGGACGAAAACGAGAGAGCACCAAAAUCUAUCAUGGAAGAAGCUGCAAAAACACCAAGGACUCCAUUAAAGCAACAGAUAGUUGAGUCAUCUCAGAGAUAUUUUCGAAUUCCUUUCGUUCGUUCCUCUGCAGCCGGACAGCAAGAUAACACGCACGGUGGCGGCAAAAGAGGAUGGUGGUACGCGCACUUUGAUGGUCAAUACGUCGCACGGCAAAUGGAACUUCAUCCUGAUAAAUCGCCUAUACUCCUCGUAGCAGGCAUUGACGAUAUGCAGAUGUGCGAGUUAAGUCUAGAUGAGACUGGAUUAACGAGGAAACGCGGUGCCGAGGUUUUAGAACAUGAAUUCAAUCGCGAGUGGGAGAAAUAUGGUGGUAAACCAUAUAUUGCGCCGUGUGAUCGCAAGAAGUGAAGAAUUCGCGACGCAGUUGUAGAAGAAUUAUACUUCUGCAUUAUGUCGCGCAAAAAAAAAAGAAA